AUGAAGUUCAUUGAUAUUGGUGUAAAUUUAACUGAUGAUAUGUACCAAGGUAUCUACCAUGGCAAAGCUAAACAUCAAGCAGAUCUACAGAUAGUCUUAGAGCGCGCGUGGAACAAUGGUCUCGAAAAGAUAAUGAUUACCUCUGGUCGCAUCGAAGAAGUAAAGCAAUCACUAUCGAUCAUCGAGCAAUACGAUAAUAAAUCGAAUCGUCUAUUCACCACGAUCGGUGUACAUCCUACUCGUUGCUCAGAGUUUAUCGACAGAGAACAAGAGUAUAUCGAUACUCUAUUGGAACUAUACACUCAGAACAAAGAUAAAAUAGUGGCAAUCGGUGAGUUUGGUUUAGAUUAUGAUAGAUUAGAGUUUUGUCCAAAAGAAACACAACUAAAAUAUUUCGAAUUACAGUUCAAAUUGGUCGAAGCAACCAAGUUACCUUUGUUUUUACAUUUAAGAAGUUCAGCUGCUUUUAAUGAUUUUGUAGAGGUUAUAAAGAAGUAUAGACAUACAUUCACCUAUGGUGUUGUUCAUUCAUUUGAUGGAACAAUAGAAGAAGCGAAACAAUUGAUCGAAUUAGGUUUACAUAUUGGUAUAAAUGGAUGUUCUUUAAAGACAGAGGAAAACUUGAAAUCAAUGGCAACCAUUCCUUCUGAUAAGUUACUGAUUGAAACGGAUGCACCUUGGUGCGAUAUCAGAAAGACCCACUCUGGCUAUCAGCAUAUCACAACUACAUUCGAGAGUGUUAAGAAAGAGAAAUAUCAACCAGGCAAAUGUGUUCAAGCAAGAAAUGAACCUUGCUACAUAGUAAAUGUAUUGGAAGUUAUAGCAGGAUAUAGAAAAGAAAACAAAGAAACUCUAGCAAAUACUAUUUAUGAAACAACUAAACAAAUCUAUUUCCCAACAACAACAACAACAUCUUCACAAUAA